AUGUCAACACCGGAGAGGCACAAGAGCCUCACAGGCGAGGUGGGACGCUUCUUCAAGGACCUCAAUGUGGCUCCCGACCGCGGCAGAUCUUUCUAUCAGCACGAACGCCAGCGCCAGCACCUGGCGUCGCUAGUGGAUGCGGGCAGGCAUGCGGGGCGAUCGCGGGUCGAGUAUGCCGGCCGCAACAUCACCUACCACCUGUUCACCAAGGACUUCUUCAUCACUGCCAUCAACCAGAAGACCACCACCAUCGCGCUGGCUGUCUCCGCGGUGUACCUCUUUGCCUUCCUCUUCUUCUCCAUCUGGUGGUAUCUCAUCGUCAGGUUCUACCCGGGCUGCCUAUAUGGCGCCACCACGUACGUGGAAGCCUUUGUGUUUUCUGUGGUCACUCACAUGACCAUUGGCUACGGCAACACAGGGCCGCAGUCGUGCUGGGCUGCUGCGUGGCUGAUUGCGGUGCAGAUCAUCUUCGCUCUGAUGCUAGAGGCGAUUGUCAUUGGCAUCGUAUUUGCCCGCAUCUCCCACCCCAAGCAGCGCUCCCGCUCCAUCUUCAUCUCCGACUCCGCCAUCAUUGCCCGCCGGGACGGAAUCCUCAAGUUUAUGUUCCGUGUGGCGGACAUCCGGCGCACGCAGGUGGUGGAUCCCAAGAUCAAGGCUUUUAUGUACACAUGGGGCGAUGGGCGCGUGACUGCUGAGGGGGAGAAGAUUCCUGUGCGGUGCGAGCCUCUGGACCUUGGCUACAUCGACGGCAUGCUGCUGCUGCCGCUGAUCAUCGAGCACACCAUCGACGAGCGGUCGCCGCUGUGCGGCCACACACACGACUCGCUCAUGGCGCUCAACUCGGAGGUGGUGGUGACGUUUGAAGGGACCACAGAGUUUGGCAACCCCUUCAUGGCGCGCCGCUCCUACCUGCCCACCGAGGUGCACUGGGGCCACCGGUUUGCGGAGAUCAUCAUGAAGCCGGAGGGGGAGGAGAGCCGCUACUUCAUUGACCUCAACAAGUUCCACGACGUGCUGCCGCAGGACGGCCUGCCGCUGCUGCCGCCCAGCCAGCUGUCGCAGCUGGUGGUGAACCGCGCCAAGCGCACAGGCGAGCUGCCCUACCCUCUGCUGGGAGAAAACACGCUGGUACUGUCGGACCUGCUGUGUGUGGGGCCCAACGAGGACGGCCGGCCCUGCCUCAUGGUUGCCGACACGUACCCCAACCAGAUGCUGGAGAUCACGGUGCGCAUGUACCUGUACCGCUGGCACCAGCCCACCGACGGCCACCCCGCCUUCCAGCAGUUCCACCUGGAGUGCGGGUACGAGACGGGCGAGGACAGGCUGUACCUGCGCCUGCCCAUCGAGGUGUGCCACCCCAUCACAGAAGACUCGCCCAUUGCGGGCUGGCUGAAGCCUGGAGGCCUGAUAGAGGAUGCUGACUCGGAGAUCGUGGUGGUGAUCAACGCGUACCUUCACGUCAACGGCCAGAACCGGCUGCGCCAGCGCACCUACACCGUGCACAACCACGUGCGCUACGGCUACCACUUCCAAAACAUCGUCAAGCACCCCGCAGAGGACCGCAAGCCGCGGGUGCGCUGGGCUCACUUCCACGACAUACAGCCGGUGGAGGACCUGCGGGAUGAGAUGAUGGCCCGGGAAGACAUCGGCCUGGCGCCUGUGCCCAGCCAGCCCAACCUGGCCGCUGUGUAUGCACGGCUGCCCUCCAUUGCCCCAGAGUCUCACGGGGCGCUGCGGUCUGUCGAGACGCGCCGCCACAUGUUCAGGCAGAGCAGCACAGGCGUGAUAGAGGCAGCAGCAGCUGCCCGGCGCAGCAGCGGUGGGGGCGGCCAGCCGCCGGCGGGGGGCCUGCCCCCGAGGGUGCCCAUGGGGCGGCUGGGGGCACCUGCCGCAGCAGCAGCAGCGCAGCCUGCCUACAAGCCUACAGUCGAGGAGGAACGUAACGACUACACCGGCGACACCAUCCCGCUCAACUUUGGGCCCGCGCCUCGCCGCUCUGCGCUCCCCACCGAGUUUGCUCGCCAGCUGGCAGCCGCCAACCAGCACCAGGUUGAUGUGGAGGAGGGGCAGUCCCCGCCCUUUGUGCUGUUCCCGGAGGUGCAGACCCUCAACUAUGCGCUCAACACCACAGACGCUGGCGACUCGCUGCCUCACGCGCAGGCGCUGCACCCCACGCUGCCGGGCCCCGACCGCUUCAGGGUCGAUGAGAACGAGGAGCGCAACGACUACACCGUGCUGCCCAUGGACCUGAGCAGGUACAUGACGCAAAUGGCGGCCAGCCACAACGCCACCUCGCCCCAUGGCUCCUUUGGUGCUGCUGCUGGCGCCGCGCUCAGCGAAGCGCUACGGAGGCAGCAGCAGCAGCAGCAGCAGCCUGCACGGUCGGCGGCGGCCCUGCCUGUGCUGCGUGCAGAUGGUGCACCGCCAUUGUUGGCCACAGUAGCAGAGUCAUCGAGCGGCUAUGCCACGCCCACGUCUGGCGUUGCAACCACGCCGCCGGCGCCGCCAGCUGCCAGCCAGCAGGGGAGCGAUGGCGGCACGCCUGCGGAAGCUGCAGUGGGCGCCGGCGCCACAGCAGCAGCAGCAGCACUGGCAGCAGGGAGACCAGAUGGCGGCAAGCAGCCGCAGCAGCCGCAGGAGCUGCAGCAGCAAGCGGCAGAUCAAGCGGCGGCCAGCAGCUCAGGCGCCGACGGGAGCGAGGUCUCUGACGGUCGGCAGUCGCUUCCCGAGCAGCAGCAGCAGCAUCAGGACGAGGAGGAGAAGCAGCACGCCGAGGAGGUGGCGCAGCAGCUGCAGCAGCGGCUGGAGCCGCAGAUGCAGGAGCGGCUGAGCCGCACGCCCAGCACCUGGGCGUUGGCCGAGGAGAAGCAGGGACAGGAGGAGGAGGAGGGAGCGGGGCCAAUCCAUUUCACGAAGCAGGAGAGCUGGCAGCGAGAGCGGGCGCUGAAAAAUCUGUUCGCGGCACCAGACAACCCUUCUGCCGAUGCAGAAGCCCAGCCAUCUGGCAGCAAGGCCGACAGCCCGGCAGGGCAGAGCGGCUGA